GUGAGAAUAACGCGUCGCUGAGAAUAAUCAGGAAAAACAAACCUUUUAUAUUAAAUGGUCUUUAUUCUUGUUUCUUUUACUCGCUCUUUCGUCCAUUGGUAAGCCAAUUUUAAGUGGACUCGUUGAAUUUGAGCCGAUAAUAUUUUCUGAGGGAAUAAGAAAAAGUAGAAGAGUCAGAGAGCCUAGGAGAGACAUUAAUCAAAAAAAUCAGAAGAAAAAAAAAGAAAACAGAGGAAGAGGUUGAGAUGGAGGACCUUGUAGGGCUUCUAAGGAUCCGAGUGAAGAGAGGGAUCAAUCUCGCUCGUCGAGACUCUUUAAGCAGCGACCCUUUUGUCCUCAUAACCAUGGGAUCACAGAAGCUGAAGUCGCGUACUGUAGAAAACAACUGUAACCCUGAGUGGAACGAGGAAUUGACCCUUGCGAUCAAACACCCCGAUGAACCUGUGAAUCUGACAGUGUAUGACAAAGAUACAUUCACAUCGCACGACAAGAUGGGAGAUGCGAAGAUAGACAUCAAACCAUUUCUAGAGGUUCAAAAAAUGGGUUUGCAAGAAUUACCAGAUGGAACAGAGAUCAAGAGAGUUGUUCCCACCAGAGACAACUGCUUGUCUGAAGCGAGCAGUAUCGUUUCCAAUAGUGGCGAGAUCGUUCAGGACAUGAUUCUUCUGUUGAGGAAUGUCGAAUGCGGCGAGGUCGAGAUUCAGAUUGAAUGGAUUCAAAUUCCAGGUAGUAGGGGACUCUGAAACAGAGAUCAUCUUUAUGGUUCUCUCUGUAUGUGUUUGUAAUAAAAGCUCAGAUGUAGAACAAAUCUCAGUUUUGUCUUGGCUUUCAGACAAAGUUACGAUAAGCAGAACAGAGUAUUUACUCUGUUUUGUAAAUGAAAUAUUUGGUUUUAGAUUUAACAGAUUUGAUUUUCCCG